UCUCCGUCGAGUCGUGAGAAAUCACCCGAUGUCCCCUCCCCCCCCGAAGAGCCUUCGUCCCGUCUCAUAAGUGCCCACCAAGCCGCCCCCUUGGGUUUAAUGGCUUGGUUUCUCUUUUCCUCGUCUCCGAUCCGUCGUUAAUUCUCGUCGUGCAAAGCGUGUGCAAAGUGUGCUGACGCCUGCCAUUGCCAGGCUCUUGACAGCUUCAUUCUUUUUCAUCGUCUAUAUUGAAUCCUCUCUUUCUCCGUCCCGGACGCUUCAUUGCACAUUCAGCAGGUUCUGAAUUCACGCCGCCACUCUCACUCCGCCGAACCACCGCCACGUCGACACUCAUUGCGCCAUACCCCAGAAGACUCGCAACUAAACCCAAGUCGCAGGAAAUACAUCCUUUGGUCGCCUGCAAUUCGAGAGGAGGACGACAUCGCCGCUUGAUUUUCGGGCGGUACUGGGCUCGGCCGCGCUGCGCUGCUACCAAAUAGGUCCGGUCAAGAUGAAUUACCAGUACGACUACUCGGAGAAGCCCUCCGAGCGAUCACGAUGGACGCCUCUCACGCGGAUGCUGUUGUCGGGUGAGAUGACCCAGGAGAAGCAGCAGGAGCUGUCAGGAAAGGAAAAGUUCGACCGGUGGAUGAUCAACGAGGGUUACCGCAGAUUUUUCGUUUUCGUCUUCAUGCUCACCCACGCCAUGAUUUUCGGGUUUGCCUGUGUGCACUACUCGAUGAAGGAAAGUCUUCAGGGUUCCCGCGACGUCUUUGGCUUCACAUUCGUCAUUGCCAGAUCGGCCGCCUUGGUUCUCCACCUCGACGUCGCCAUCAUUCUGUUCCCCGUCUGCCGAACCCUCGUCUCUCUCAUGCGCCAGACUCCGCUCAACGGCAUCAUCCAGUUCGACAAGAACAUCAGCUUCCACAUCACCACCGCAUGGUCGAUUGUGUUUUGGUCGUGGGUCCACACCAUUGCCCACUGGAACAACUUCGCGCAGGUCGCGAUCAAGAACAACCUGGGAAUCUACGGAUGGCUGCUGGCCAACUUUGUCAGUGGCCCCGGAUGGACGGGAUACGUCAUGUUGAUCGCCCUCAUGUGCAUGGUCCUGACGUCGGUUGAGAAGCCCCGACGAGCCAACUACGAACGGUUCUGGUACACCCACCACAUGUUCAUCAUCUUCUUCUUCUUCUGGUCCAUCCACGGAGCCUUCUGCAUGAUCCAGCCCGAUGUUGCCCCGUUCUGCACCAGCAUCGGAGCCACUGCCAUCGGUGUCUUCUGGCAGUACUGGAUGUACAGUGGAUUCUGCUACCUUGCGGAACGUAUCGCGCGCGAGGUGCGUGGACGACACAAGACGUACAUCAGCAAGGUUAUCCAGCAUCCCAGCAACGUGUGCGAGAUCCAGAUGAAGAAGGAGAACACCAAGACUCGGGCUGGUCAGUACAUCUUCCUGUGCUGCCCUGCCGUGUCUCUCUGGCAGUAUCACCCUUUUACUCUGACCAGUGCGCCGGAGGAGGACUACAUCUCUAUCCACAUGCGAUGCGUUGGUGACUUUACCCGGUCUGUCGCCGCCUCGCUGGGCUGUGAGUGGGACAAGAAGAAGAUGAUUGAUGCUAGCAAGGUGGUUGGCGUCAAUGGUCAGGAUGGCAAGGACUCGGACCCAGCUCUGCACCGCGUGCUCCCUCGAGUCUACGUGGAUGGUCCCUUUGGAUCCGCUUCCGAGGAUGUCUUCAAGUAUGAAGUUUCCGUCCUGGUCGGAGCCGGUAUUGGAGUCACGCCGUUCGCCUCCAUCCUCAAGUCCAUCUGGUACCGCAUGAACUACCCGCAAAAGAAGACGCGCCUCUCCAAGGUCUACUUCUUCUGGAUCUGUCGAGACUUUGAAUCAUUCGAGUGGUUCCGCUCCCUCCUGCUCGCCGUGGAAGCUCAAGAUCUGGACCACCGCAUCGAGAUCCACACGUAUCUGACGGCCAAGAUCAAGGCCGACGAUGCGACCAACAUUAUGAUCAACGAUGCGAAUGCCGACAAGGACACCAUCACGGGUCUGCGAAGUCCCACCAACUUUGGCCGACCCAACUGGGACAUGAUCUUUAGAGGCAUCAGGAAGCUGCACAGCCCGGCUGAGGCGGGUGUCUUCUUCUGUGGCCCCAAGGGUCUGGGAAGCGCCUUGCACGUCUACUGCAACAAGUACACCGAGCCUGGAUUCUCCUUCGUCUGGGGCAAGGAAAACUUCUAAGCCGGCGUCGCCGUGUCCAACUCUUUCAUCCCGCAGCAGGCGGCUUCUUUUUACGGACACGCGUCCGUGUGCUGUUGCUUCUUUACACUUCCUUAGAUGGCCCCGAUAGAGCCUUUGACAACCUAUUUAAUAUGUGCGCCGGGCGCAGAUGUACGUAGCGGGGAUAUCAUGGGAGAGUAUUUGAAGGUGCCUUGAAUACGGGUAGGCAAAGUGAUGCAACAGUCGUUUGAGCUAGGAGUUUGUAGAUGGUGUCUUUAAUAUGUAUUGUAGCCAGCCUCGUCCACGGACAGUUCAUUUCGAUAAUUUACAAAAGAGUCACAAUCGUUUGCGCAAUGCAAGUC